AAACGCUUUUUGAUUGCAAUUACUAAUUUUGGUUAUUUGAAAUGGACGAGAUUUCGAUAGCGAAUGAAGAGGUGAAAGUACCAACAAAGAGCAAAUCGACAGUGGGAAGAAUAUCAAGGCUAUUCCAAAAGAAAAAUAAAAAGCCUUUGACUACAUCUGCUUCAACGUUAUCACUUUCGCCGUCAACGGUUGAAUUACCUUUAUCGAAACAAUCUACUUAUCAGAGUUUCGCAACAGGGUCACAGAUUAGCUUUCAACAACAAUAUACUGAUCAAGACGGAAAUUCUUACUUGGAACCUCGACAAAGCGUUGCUACUGACAAUAACAAUAUCAACAGUACCGACUCGAAUAUAAGUCUUGAUGCAGUAUCUAUUCACUCUGCUCUAAAUUUAACCAGAAAUACAUCUAUUACGAGCCGGUUAUCGUCAGCAGUAGCAGCAAGACCAACGCCACCAAUAGAUAUAAAACAGAAAAUACAACAACAGCGACAGUUAUUACGGGAUUUAGAAAUACAAAAACGACAUUAUACCCACGAAGCCGAGAAACUAAAAGAACGACUUGAAAAAGCUCAGGAGAAACUAAAACAACGAACGCAUGAUAUGGACAUUUUGAAGAAUAAUUACAGAAUGCAUUUACGAUCAGUACGUUGUUCGGAUGAUGAGCCUGCCUCUAUCGGUCAAAAAUUACUUAUCCUCAGGCAACGAAUACAUGACCUAGCAUCAGAAAUCCUACCUUAUGCCGAUCCCUCUCUUGCAACAGAAAAACUAUCUACCUUAUGGAUCAAUCUGGGCCCUUUUAUUGAGCGAUUAGGAAAACCUUUAUCGCCUCAGCGUAUACAGAUGCUCACAGAAAAGUUUAUAAUGGAUGUAUUAGUUCAAAAUUUGAAUAUUCAUACCUUUCCAGGGUUUUCGUGUAAUUCUCAAUUCGCAGAAUUACAAACAUGGUUUGAUCAAUAUGACCCAUCUUCAUUUUUUUCAACGCGAUUACGUCAAGAAUUAUCAAUGGUCGUGGUGCAACAGAGGGAUACAGCAGAAGAUAUUCAUCGAGUAUGGAAAAAUUGUGUUGAACGGAACUGGCAUCAUCUUUAUAAAGGUUUACAAAAGGUGUAUCCGUGUUUUCUGACGCCGCCUACUAGGGCAUCGACAGAUAGCAAUAGUACUAUAAUAACCGCACAGAGUAAUGAAGGCAGAAGAGCUUCCACCACUAUGACAGCAGAUGAAUAUAGCAGAAAGUUAUAUGAUCUCGUCAAAUAUACCAUGAGUUUAGGGUCAGCCAUAAAAGGUCAAGAAGUGCCCAUCACAGCGAUGGAUGUCCGAGAAGGAGAACAGCUUUUUGAUCCAAACUUCAUGGAAGAUGAAGAUAAACGGAUUGACGGUGUUAUCGCAUUCUGUGUUUCUCCCCCAUUUGUUAUGAAAUUGGAUAAUAAUCGAUAUGAGCCCUUAUUGAAAGGGAGAGUGCUUUGUUUCCCAAGAGCCAGCACCACAUCUUCAAAUAUACCAGUAUCUGCGCCAGAAAAGCCUCUUCCAGCUAUAAUCAUAUCGAAAGAUAAACAAUAACAUCACCAUCCACCUUUUUAACUAUUCUGCUAUACUUGACUUUAUUGACGCUUUUGUAAAGCAUAAUAAAUACAGAUUUACUAGUACGCGAUUAGCCAUACGACUACAAAAAUAUAGGGGGGUGAUUGAUUCAUUUGCAUACCCUAAAAUGGGAAGUUCAUGUAUUGGAAAUAGAUCUUUGCUUUCUUCUUUGAUGGAAGAACAGGUUGUAUGAAGUUGAUCGUAUGCUACCCGAUAACUUGAGAGUAUAAUCUUGGUACUAACUCGAUCGGCACGGUUCACGCUUCCUGACCGAAAUCCCAGAAACAGCUCAAUCAAAAUGACAUGCUUGAGUUCAUACGAUGCUCUUCCUUUUUUUUUUUUUUUUUUU